AUGCCAAACUGUCGCCUAUCGUCAACCGUCAAGAACUCGUUCCGAGGCUCGCGUUCUGCCUAUUGUCUGACGUCAGAUAGAGUCCAGUUCGCUCGGACGAAAAAAGCGGCAGACGUCGUCAAGGUCGCCGAUACUAACACCUCAAGUCGCAAGAAGACCAUUCGGCUCGUGGAUGAAAAUGCUUUGGACGCCACCGAAUUGAGCUCGUCGUCCGACUCGACGAUCCCGUUAUCUGCGACUUCGGCGUCAUGUAUCAGGCUCUCGUAUACGCCCACGGACAUUCCGCUUCGCUUUCGUCGGUACGAAGGCAGAUUCGACAACCGACGGGGUCAGUCCCUCCAGUACUUUUCGCUUUUUCCACCCGAGAAGGAGCCUCUCCGUGGCGUCGUGCUCUACGUGCACGGCAGCAGCAGCCACUGUCGACGUCACAUUAGUCUUUACCGAGAACUGUGUACAAACGGGUUUGGUGUCAUCUCGUACGAUAUGGUAAACCACGGCGCAAGCGACUUUGACAAGCACAAGACGCGCGCCCACAUCAGCAAGUUCCAGCACCUCGUUGAUGACACGAAUACCUUCAUCACGUUUGCCAAGCGAAGCAUCUACUCGGACGCUCUUCGAUAUUGGCGGAAACACCACUACUCACGCCACUCUCAAGUCGACAUGACGAAUCUCAUUGCACUGCCAGAACCCCCGCUGAUCAUUCUUGGCUCCUCAUUCGGGUCAUUGGUUGGCAUCCACACGAUGCUCACGGGUCGACAUAAGUUUCAUGCGAGCGUUUGGGCUGCACCAACGGUCGGCGUGACAUGGAACCCGUUGUUGUAUGUCGAAUCGCUUCUGCCGCUUGCGAGGUUCAUCCCAAAGGCACGCAUCGUGCCUGCUGUGAACUACGACGUAUUCUGCCGAGACCCGAUGUUUCUUGAAGCGUUCAAGAAAGACCCACUAACUUGCACGGACAAAAUGACUGCUCGAAGUGGCGCCGAGGCGUUAAACGCGAUCAAACGGCUUGAGAAAGACAAGCGCGUAUUGAAGUCGGACAGCACGUUCUGCGCUAUUCCCGUGCUUUUCAUUGCCGGCUCCAACGAUGGCGUUUCGGACCAGCAGGCUGCGAUUCGCUUCUUUGCUUCGUUGGGCACUAGUGACAAGGAAUUCAAGCUCAUCAACGAAGGCUUUCACUUCGUGUUUGAAGAUACACAGAAGAAAGCUGCUAUUGAGCAUCUCAUGCAAUGGCUUCAUCGACGAUUCCCGAUCGAGACUCGAACGAAUGAGUUUCAAGGAGGCGUGUGA